UUGCCGAACGCUUCCACUUCCUGAGCACUUCUCAUUAAUUGAUAUGAUAUCUUAACGGAAAAAAUAAAGUAAAGAGAAGAAAAAAGUGGCGUACCGCAAAAAAAAAAAUAAUAUCUAUAAAAAUUGGAAAAGGAAAAGAUAUCAUAUCAUAUUUAUCUCCAGAAAAGACCGGUUUAGACGUUAGACGUCAAUAGUUACAAUUUAUUCGUGAAAGUGAACAAAACACUACUAAGAUGGCCUUGAGUCCUGGAGAUCCAAGUUCUUAUGCAAGACCAGAUGUUGCAUUUGUAACUCAUACUCAUCUAGAAUUAACCGUUGAUUUUAAUCAAAAAGUUCUUGAAGGCAAAGCAAUAUUAGAUGUAGAAAGGAAACUGCCUUCAGCAACUGAAUUAAUUUUAGAUCAUCGCAAACUUAUUAUAUCAAGUACCACAAAUGCUAUUGAUGGAUCUAAUUUACAAUAUACUAUUGGACUUAAUGUUGAAUUUGGAAGUAAAUUUGUCAUUCAGUUGCCACCGGCUGUUGGAGAUAAUAAAUGUAAAAUUGAGAUUGAAUAUAAAACAUCUCCAGAUUCAACUGCACUGCAAUGGCUAACAGCUGAACAAACUGCAGGUGGUGUACAUCCUUACCUGUUUUCUCAAUGUGAGGCUAUACAUGCUAGAUCUAUGUUUCCCUGUCAGGAUACACCAUCUGUCAAGUCUACAUACUCUGCUAAGAUUUCUGUAUCAAAAGAACUUACAGUUGUAAUGUCUGCACUUUUGGAUAGACAGUUGGAGGAGUCAGAUAAAAAAAUAUAUGAGUUCCGUCAAUCAAUACCAAUACCAUCUUAUCUAGUGGCCAUUGCUGUGGGUGCACUAGUAUCAAAACCAGUUGGCCCAAGAAGCAAAGUAUGGGCUGAGAAAGAAUUUAUUGAUCAAAGUGCGUAUGAAUUUGGAGAAACUGAAACGAUGUUGCAAACUGCAGAACAAUUAUGCGGUCCUUAUGUUUGGGGCAUGUAUGAUAUAUUAGUGCUUCCGCCAAGUUUUCCAUUUGGUGGCAUGGAAAAUCCUUGUUUGACAUUUGUAACGCCGACUGUACUUGCUGGAGAUCGUUCUUUGGCCACUGUCAUUGCCCACGAAAUCUCACACAGCUGGACAGGAAAUUUAGUUACAAACGCAAACUUUGAACAUUUCUGGUUGAACGAAGGUUUUACCAUGUUUGUUGAGAGAAAGAUUAACUCCAGAAUGUCUGGUGAAAAAAUGAGACAUUUUGAAGCAUUGCAUGGCCUUCAAGGUCUAAGAGAAGCGAUUAAAACUCUCGGUGAAACCAAUCAACUGACGAAUUUAGUACCGAAUUUGAAUAAUGUCGAUCCGGAUGACGCAUUUUCCCUCGUGCCUUAUGAAAAAGGACAUACUUUCCUAUUUUAUCUGGAGCAACUUCUAGGCGGGCCAGAAGUAUUUGAACCAUUUUUGAAAUCUUAUUUGGAUACGUACAAAUACAAAAGCAUAAAAACUGAUACCUGGAAGAAUUACUUGUAUAAAUAUUUUUCUGAUAAAGUAGAGCUGCUGAAUUCCGUCGAUUGGAACACGUGGCUUUAUAAACCGGGUAUGCCACCUGUGAUACCUGAUUACGACAAGAGUUUGACAAACGCGUGCACCGAGUUAGCGAGACGAUGGAUUGAAUGGGACGAGAGUACCGUUUCGCCUUUCGUCAUAUCGGAUAUAGAGAAUUUGUUUCCCGGUCAGAAGGUAGCAUUUUUAACCGAGCUACAUAAAUCGCCUACGAUUCUGUCACUGAACAAGAUGCAACAGAUGGCAAACACGUAUCAGUUGGACCUUGUGAAGAAUUCCGAAAUACGAUUUGUUUGGUUGCGUUUGUGCAUCAAGAAUCGAUGGGAAUUGAAGGUUUCUGACGCUUUGAACUUUGCUACCGAGCAAGGACGCAUGAAAUUUGUACGGCCUAUAUUCCGAGAUCUGUAUGAAUGGCAAGAGAUGCGUCAACGAGCGAUCGACGUGUAUUUGAGCAAGAAGAACAAGAUGAUGUACGUGACUGCGCACAUGGUGGCAAAGGAUCUUCAUCUAAGUGAUUGAUACAAGAUUAUCAUGAUAAUUUUACAGAUGAUUUGUGAAAUAACUACAAUAUUACGUUUUUUAUUAUCUUAUCAAAUAAUUACUUAUGCACAUAAAAUCACAUAAUACAAUGCGAUUUUUAUUGUAUUUCUACUUUUAUGAAUGAUGAAACAAUGACGUGUUUCUCUUUUUUCAGAUUUUAAUAAAGCAAUUAUAACAA